GCGCUACGCUUGGAUGACAGAAGGGGAGUGAGCGAGUGAGUGAGCGAGUGAGUUGUUUUGGGUCGGAAGGGGGGCAAUUUCUCGUCUUGUCAUUCGGCUCAAUCGCCUCGUCUGCAUCCACGGUGCUUUGUUUCCCUGCAUUAUGAAAGUGAUCUUCCCGUGACAACUGUCCCACCUUAGGCUCAUCUACGAGAAUGGCCGAACAAGACCUUUGUCCUCACUUAGACUCCAUCGGGGAGGUUACCAAAGACGGUCUUCUUCACAAAUCCAAGGGAACCUGUCAAUCAUGUGGCGUUGUGGGUCCCAACCUGUGGGCCUGUCUUGAGAACGACUGCCCGUAUGUUGGCUGUGGAGAAUCCUACUCGGAUCACAGCACCCUGCACGCACAGGCCAAGAAGCACAACCUGACGGUGAACUUGACCACCUUCAGGAUCUGGUGCUAUGUGUGCGAGCGGGAAGUGUUUCUGGAGCCCAGGCCCCCCGUGACGCCAGCCCUGGUGCCUGCCACCGCCCCCCAUCACCACCACAUAACACCUGAGCAGGAAGCAGCGCCGCUUGGUUACCCGCUAAAAGCAGUGCCCAUCGCCAUGGGGGAGGAAGAAGGCUCAGAGUCUGAGGAGGACGAGUUUAAACCCAGAGGUUUAACAGGAAUGAAAAACAUCGGCAACUCCUGCUACAUGAACGCAGCUCUUCAAGCCUUGUCCAACUGUCCUCCUCUCACGCAGUACUUCCUGGAUUGCGCCGGGCUGGUCCGCUCCGACAAGAAGCCGGCUCUCUGCAAGUGCUACCAGAAACUCAUCUCGGAGCUGUGGCAUAAAAAUCGGCCCAGCUACGUGAUCCCGACCAGCCUGUCCCACGGCAUCAAGCUUCUGAACCCAAUGUUUCGCGGUUACGCCCAACAGGACACGCAAGAGUUCCUGCGCUGUCUGAUGGACCAGCUCCACGAGGAACUGAAGGCGCCACUCACCGAGUGCGGCGGCGAGAGUAGCGACGGCGACGAGAGGCUGGACGGCGACCGCUCGCCUGUCGAGGAAGACUUCCUGUCCUGCGACUCCAGCUCCGACCGCGGCGGCGAGGCGCAGGACGAACGCGACGGCCCCGUGGGCGGCGGCAUCUCGGAAAAGGAGAGGCUGAAGGAGAGGCGGGUCUCCGGCUCGCCCCUUCGCGGAACCUCCCAGGACAUGGACGAGGACGCCGACGUGGACACCGCGGUUCCCGCGAGCGCUGAGGAGGAAGAGCUGGUGCAGGAGCUUCCUGAAGUCCAACACCAAGAGAACAAUCAAGGACAAGAAGGAAGCGGCACCGCACAGCCGGACAACGAAGUGGGGCCGCCGCCGCCACCGCAUUCCAGCCCCUGCAGCCCUGUGAGAACCCUUCAGGAGCUUCAUUCCAAACGCUCCUCCAGCCCGCUGCGCUCCGCAGCCUCCUCGUACCCGUACAAGAAAGCUCACCCGCCGCUGACCUCCCGGAAGAAGAAACAGUGUCUCUAUCGCAGCGUCAUCUCCGACAUCUUUGACGGCUCCAUCCUCAGCCUGGUCCAGUGUCUGACCUGCGACAGGGUGUCUACGACAGUGGAGACCUUCCAAGACCUGUCCUUGCCCAUCCCUGGUAAAGAGGACUUGGCCAAGCUCCACUCCUCCAUCCAUCAGAACCUGCCCGUCAAGACCAACGCGUGUCCCGACGCGUACGGCUCGCAGGGCUGGAUCUCCUUCAUCAUGGAUUCCAUUCGCCGGUUCGUGGUCUCGUGCAUACCCAGCUGGUUCUGGGGGCCCAUGGUGACCUUGGAGGACUGCCUAGCCGCCUUCUUUGCCGCCGACGAACUCAAAGGCGACAACAUGUACAGCUGUGAGAGAUGCAAGAAGUUGAGAAACGGCAUCAAAUAUUGCAAAGUCCUCCGACUUCCAGAGAUCCUGUGCAUCCACCUGAAGCGUUUCCGCCACGAGGUCAUGUACUCGUUCAAGAUCAGCAACCACGUGUCCUUCCCCUUGGAGGGCCUGGACAUGCGUCCCUUCCUGGCCAAAGACAGCCCGUCCCAAGUCACCACGUACGACCUGCUCUCCGUCAUCUGCCACCACGGCACCGCCGGAAGCGGACACUACAUCGCCUACUGCCAGAACGUCAUCAACGCUCAGUGGUAUGAAUUCGACGACCAGUACGUGACGGAGGUCCACGAGACGGUGGUGCAGAACGCCGAAGCGUACGUGCUCUUUUACAGGAAAAGCAGCGAGGAGUCCGUGAGGGAGCGGCAGAAGGUGGUGGCCCUGGCCAGCGCCAAGGAGCCCAGCCUGCUGCAGUUUUACAUCUCGCGAGAGUGGCUCAACAAGUUCAACACCUUUGCAGAACCGGGCCCCAUCUCCAAUCACACCUUUCUUUGUCACCACGGAGGCAUCCCUCCUAACAAAUACCACUACGUGGACGACCUGGUGGUCAUCGUGCCGCAGAACGUGUGGGAGUACCUAUACAACAGUUUCGGAGGCGGUCCCGCCGUCAACCACCUGUACGUGUGCGCCAUCUGCCAGGUGGAGCUGGAGGCGCUGGCCAAACGCAGGAAAACGGAAAUCGACACUUUCAUCAAGCUCAACAAAGAGUUUCAGGCGGAGGAGGCGCCCGCUGUCAUCUUGUGCAUCAGCAUGCAGUGGUUCCGCGAAUGGGAGAGCUUUGUGAAAGGCAAAGACAACGAGCCCCCCGCUGCCAUCGACAACAGUAAGAUCGCCGUCAUGAAGGGAGGACACGUUCAGCUCAAGCAAGGUGCCGACUACGGGCAGAUUUCCGAGGAGACCUGGUUAUACUUGUCGGGGAUCUACGGCGGGGGUCCGGAGAUCGCCGUGAGGCAGACGGCGGUCCCGGCCGACCCAGACGGCCUUCACGGGGAGAGGAAGAUCGAAGCCGAGACCAGGGCGCUUUGACGUCGCGCUGGCGUUCGGCGCCCUCUUGUGGCCGGCUCGUGCAUCCGGUGAUGCCAAUUUUGUACUCUUCGAGUCGCUGACGUCAGCACUUUUCUCACGACAGACAGCUGCCUUUCAAAUCCUCCUCAAUGUUGCCCCCCUUCUUCGAUUGCUUCUCCCGACAGCGCUUUCCCGCUCCCUCCCACGCAGCUGAGGAAUUUGGCGCCUGGAUGAAGACGGGUGACCGACCGACCGACCGCCGUGAGUAGAUUGGAAACGUGCGGGACGCAAUGUUUUUCGUUUUUUCCCCCCUAAUAUAUAUAUAAUUUUCAAAACUCACAAUGUCAUGGCUGUAAACCGCAGGCGACGCCGCCCAGAGAUGUGAACGACUUGUUUUUUUUGUUUGUUGUCAGGGUGCCUAUUUUUAACUUGCGUAGCAACCUGCUACCACAACACCAUCAAUCAAACACACGUCGGCGCCCUCAGGAAUGUCUCACAAGUGUCUAGCAUGCACACGUGCAGUACAAAAUAAAACAAAACAAAA